AUGGCAAAAUGGGCACUACUCCUCAAUCAGUAUGAGAUCAUCUACAUACAGGCCAAAGCGGUUAAAGGACAAGCAUUGGCUGACUUCUUAGCGGAUCAUCCUAUUCCUGCGGAUUGGGAGAUUUCAGAUGAGUUGCCAGAUGAAGAAGUCUUUAAUACAGAGGUCCUCCCUGCUUGGCAAAUGUUCUUCGAUGGGUCUUCACGAGCAGAUGGGGCAGGAGCUAGUGUGGUCUUUAUUUCUCCAUACAGGCAGAUAUUGCCUUACGCCUUUACUCUUGGUGAAUUAUGUUCCAAUAAUGUUGCUGAAUACCAAGCGCUAAUUGUGGGACUACAAACCGCAGCUGAAAUGAAAAUCUCAAAUCUAGAGGUGUAUGGAGACUCGAAGUUAGUAGUUGAUCAAUUAUUAACUGUCUAUGAAGUGAAGAAAGAGGAUUUAGUACCUUAUUUUCGGCUCGCCACACAACUCUUAAAGGGUUUUGAUGUUGUCACACUAACGCAUGUGCCAAGAAAAGAAAAUCAAACAGCAGAGGCUUUGGCCAACUUAGCAGCAACUUUGGCAUUAUCAGAGGAUGAGAUCAUACACCUUCCAAUCUGCCAACGGUGGGUCGUACCAACAAUCUCUGAGCUUUGGCAUGAAUACUCCAAUGUUGUCUCUGUUUACGAGAUUGAUGUGGAUGACUGGAGGUACCCGUUGAUUGAUUACCUUGAGCGAAAUAAGUUGUCUGAUGAUCCAAAGCAACGCUUGGACAUCAGACGAAGAGUAUCACGCUUCUUCUACUAUAAGGAGACUCUUUAUCGACGAUCAUUCGAUGGAUUGCUUCUUAGAUGUCUGGGGAAAGAGGAAGCUGCUAAGGCUAUGGAGGAAGCUCAUUCAGGAAUUGCAUGGAGUAUGCACAAAGGUGUCAGGCUUGCCAGUUUCAUGCAAACUUCAUCCAUCAACCACCAGAGCCACUGCAUCCAACGAUUGCUUCCUACCCCAUUCGAUGUGUGGGGACUUGAUGCUGUUGGGCCCAUAACUCCGAAAUCCUCCGCCAGUCACUCAUACAUUCUAGCGGCUACGGAUUCCUUUUCAAAGUGGGCAGAGGCGGUACCGCUUAAAGAAAUAAAGAAAGAAAAUGUUGUAGACUUCAUCAAAGGGAAUAUCAUUCAACGAUAUGGUGUUCCUCGCUGCAUCAUCACAGACAAUGCCAAGUACUUUUCCAAUAGUGCCAUGGAGAAACUCUGUGAGAAAUAUCACUUCAAGUUACACUUUUCUUCUAUGUACAACGCCCCGGCAAAUGGGUUGGCUGAAGCAUUCAACAAGACAUUGUGUAACAUUUUGAAGAAAGUUGUCAGCAAAACAAAAAGGGAUUGGCAUGAAAGAAUGGGCGAGGCGCUCUGGGCCUAUAGAACGACAUAUCGAACUCCCACGAAAGCUACACCUUACUCCCUUGUAUAUGGUGUUGAAGCUGUCUUACCCUUGGAGAAACAGAUUCCAUCUCUGAGGAUUGCUUUGCAAGAAGGACUGACUGAUGAAGAGAACGUUAAGUUACGCCUUCAGGAGUUGGAAGCCUUAGAUGAAAAGAGACUUGACGCGCAACAGCACUUGGAAUGCUAUCAAGCUCGAAUGUCACGAGCUUUCAACAAAGGGGUUCGACCCAGAUCCUUUCAAGUUGGUGAUCUAGUGCUUGCUGUGCGCAGACCUAUCAUUAUGACACACAAGACUGGUCCAAAGUUUCAGUCAAAGUGGGAUGGACCUUAUGUAGUUCGCGAAGUCUACACCAAUGGAGCCUACAAAAUUGUGGCUGAAGAUGGCCUGAGGAUUGGCCCCAUAAAUGGAAAGUUCUUGAAGAGAUACUAUGCUUGA